GAUAGCAAGUCACUCAUUCAAUCGCCUCUCUCUCAAAAUUCUCACUUUCUCUCUCUAAAUUCUCUCUCUAAUCUCUCACUUUCUCACUCUACUUUCUCUCUCCUCUCGCAGCCGCAAGCUCGCUUCGUUCUUCAAGUAUAUAAAUCGAGAUGGCUGAUGCAGAGGAGAUCCAACCCCUUGUCUGUGACAAUGGAACUGGUAUGGUCAAGGCUGGAUUUGCCGGAGAUGAUGCUCCAAGGGCCGUCUUCCCAAGUAUUGUUGGUCGUCCCAGACACACUGGUGUCAUGGUUGGUAUGGGACAGAAGGAUGCAUAUGUUGGAGACGAAGCUCAGUCCAAGAGAGGUAUUUUGACCUUGAAGUACCCAAUUGAGCACGGUAUUGUGAGCAACUGGGAUGAUAUGGAAAAGAUUUGGCAUCACACCUUCUACAAUGAACUUCGUGUUGCCCCAGAAGAACACCCAGUGUUGCUUACUGAGGCACCAUUGAACCCUAAGGCUAACAGAGAGAAGAUGACCCAGAUCAUGUUUGAGACCUUCAAUGUGCCCGCUAUGUAUGUUGCCAUCCAGGCCGUUCUAUCACUGUACGCUAGUGGUCGAACCACAGGUAUCGUGCUCGACUCUGGUGAUGGUGUGAGUCACACAGUUCCCAUUUACGAGGGUUAUGCCCUCCCCCAUGCCAUCCUCCGUUUGGAUCUUGCCGGACGUGAUCUUACCGAUUAUCUCAUGAAGAUCCUUACCGAGAGAGGUUACAUGUUCACAACAUCAGCUGAACGGGAAAUUGUCCGUGAUAUUAAGGAGAAGCUUGCAUACGUUGCUCUUGACUUUGAGCAGGAAUCAGAGACUGCCAAGAGCAGCUCUGCCAUUGAAAAGAACUACGAGCUUCCUGAUGGUCAGGUCAUUACCAUCGGAGCUGAGAGAUUCCGUUGCCCAGAGGUCCUCUUCCAGCCAUCAUUGAUCGGUAUGGAAGCUGCAGGUAUCCACGAGACUACCUACAACUCCAUCAUGAAGUGUGAUGUCGAUAUCAGGAAGGAUCUAUACGGUAACAUUGUGCUCAGUGGUGGUACAACUAUGUUCCCUGGAAUCGCUGACCGUAUGAGCAAAGAAAUCACAGCUCUUGCUCCCAGCAGCAUGAAGAUCAAGGUUGUUGCACCUCCUGAGAGGAAGUACAGUGUCUGGAUAGGAGGGUCUAUCCUUGCGUCGCUCAGCACCUUCCAACAGAUGUGGAUCUCCAAGGGAGAAUACGAUGAAUCUGGCCCAUCAAUUGUCCACCGAAAGUGCUUCUAAGAAGAUAAGUUUUGAGAUUGUAGUCCUACAUAGUCUCCUGUUGUCUCUUUGUUUUUCUUUCUGUUUGGUCAAAAAAGAAAAGAAAAAAAAAAACUUAUUAGUGUGGUGUAUGAUUUGAUUUGAUUUGGUCGAGAGAGAUGGAGAGGGUUUAGGAGCUUGUGGUUUUUUUUGGGACCUAAGCUUGGAAUUUCUAUUGUUUGUUGUAACUAUUUUUCGAGAAUUAUGGUAUGUAAUCUUUGCGGAUUGCAGAAUGUUUAAUUUCUAUACUCUACUAUUUUUCUGGGUCA